AUGUCGGAUCAAUCACCCGAGGUCGUGGCCGCCGCCAACCUGACCCCCCUCUCCCCAAUCCCAGUCUCUCCCGCAGCCGCCAUCCAGAGCACGGUGGUUCCCAACCUCCAAGACCAAGCAGCGACGACGACGACUAACAGCGCGGCCGAUCCCGCCAUUGCCCUGUUUCCCCUCCAGCAACUUUCCACAAUGGAGUCACAGACAGUAUCGAACGAGACGCCCGACACGAUCGUAGUCAGCGGGGACUUGUCCGACGGGUCGCAAGAUGGGAGCGACGAGAGCAUCGACUAUGGCGAGGGCGAGGAGGGGCAAAAGCAGGACAAGACCGAGCCAGAUGCAGCCAACGAUGACUAUGCCAAAACCUUUGAUUCCCCCGCUGCUCAUCAUGAGGGCCAGAAUGAGGCUGAGGCUGAGGUGGGGGAGCACGAGGCCGCCCAGCCUGAUGUAUCAAUGGUCCCAGAAUCCAUGAAUAGUCCGCUUCCGCCUGACUCUGCAGUCGCCCUCCCGGCUGUCCCCUUUGAACACGCACCUCGCGCACCCGCGCCCGCGCCCACCGCACCUGUUCCCUCGGCCCUGUCCCACACCAAUGGUGAGGCCCCAUCUACCAACGACUUGGCCCCACCAUUCGAGCAAGCCAACGGCUCUGGAAAGCCGUGCACGCCCCUAUCUCCAACGCAGAACGGCGUACCAUUGUCCUCCACGGCUCCCGCUGCAGCCUCUGCCACCGAAGAUGCCGAGAAGCCAAGCCCAGCCACCCCUACUUCCAAGACAGCCACCGCAGCCAGCGCGCCCCCCACCCCGAUGGAUGAAGAUGAUGCCGCUGUUGAUAUUCAGAAGCUGGUAGACGACAUCACUGCUAACGCCGCCGCCUCGGACUCACCCCCCGCCGCACCAGCGCAAGCCGUACCCGUACAAGCUCCUGUCCAAGCUCCGCCGGCCUCGCUGCCUGUAUCUCACCCGCCCUCACUACCCCCCAAGCCCGCUCUCCCAAACCCUCCACAUAAUCUGCCCGCCAUCCCCCCAACUCACUACUCGUUCCAGUCCCGCGGCCACAAUGGCUCGGCAGCCUUAGGCAGCCCUAGCACACCUCACGGCGCGUAUUCCGCCAACGACGGCGUUUCUUCCCUGCAUGGCGGAUUUGGCGGCGCUUCCCACAACAACGCCCACCAUAGCGUGCCCCCUCAUAGUGGAGAUGGAUCGUCCCAACAGCUUUGGGAGCAGUUCCAAGCCGACGAAAAGCGAUACACAUCGGAAGCCAAGUGGGAGAGGUUUCCGGAAGGCUCCCGCAUCUUUAUUGGGAAUCUAUCGAGCGAGCGAGUGUCAAAACGCGAGGUGUUCGACGUGUUCCACCAAUUCGGCCGGUUGGCGCAGAUCUCACUAAAAAGCGCCUAUGGUUUCGUCCAGUACCACACCAUUGGCGAGGGCCACGCUGCGAUGCAGGGUGUGCAGGGCAUCGAGCUCGGGGGACGCAGGAUUCACCUUGAGAUCUCCCGGACGCAAAAGAAGGGGGGCGACAAAGACCGUUCGCCAGACCGCCGAGGUGGGCCGCGGGGUUCCCACGGCAAUGAGCGCUUCGAGGGUGGUGGGGACCGUAGCAGCGGUGGUUGGAGACGAGACGACUAUCGUCCAGGGCGCUCCCCAUCUCCACGACGGAAUGACCGCCGCGGUGCCCGAGAGAAUCGAGAGGGCCGGGACAGUACCUUUUCCCGCGACCGCGAGUUUGGCGGCCAUCAACGCCGUCGUUCGCGCUCGCCUCAACGCUUCAGCCGCUACGGAGACGACUCAUACCGGCGCAGGAGCCCAAGCCCGCACAGACGGGCCCCUUCAGACGCUGGAGACCGGUUCGACUUGCCCCGCCGCUUCGGGGCCGAUGUUCCCGACGUCCAGAUUCUCCUUCUCCAGGAGGUCUCGCGCGACUUUGUGGCCUGGGUGCAGGGUGCCUUCCAUAAUAAGGGCUUGAAGACCGACGUCAUGUACCUCAAUCCCCGGUUCCCUCGCGAGACGGUCUUGCAGCGCCAGGUUGUCGAAGGCGUACACGCCAUCAUUGAUCUCGACUACGGCGCUCAGGCCAAAGGCAAGAUCCCCAUCCAGGUCUUCAUUCGGUCCGGGGGUAGUAGUGUCCGAUUCGAGCUGUACCAGGACGUAGACCCGCCCAUCGCGGCAGAAUUGGUGGCGAGGGAGAAGAGUCAAUCGGCAACGCAACAAGCCGCCGUCCAGGCACAGGCGGCUCAUGCACUCUUGGCUUCGCUACAGACGCCACAACCAGGCGGCCAGCCACAGCAACAGCCAUACCCGGGCAUUCCACAGGUUGCUGCCCAUGCGGCGGUUGGAAACGCGGCUGCGCAGAUCGACAUGAACGCGCUGUUAGGGAAUCUGCGAAAUGCAGCGGCAGCGCAACCCGCUGUGCCAGCACCCGUCUCAGCUCCCCAGUAUGGAGCUCCGCACGGAUAUGGCGCGCAUCCCGCGGGUAUUGGUCCCGGCGGGUAUGGGGGCUUGGACCCGACACAGCAACAGGUCCAGACGAUCAUGGAUCAGCUGAAGCGGAGUGCUCGCUAA